GACGAGCUCUCGACCUCAUUCACGCCGACGCCGAAGCCAAGCCCCGCCAUGUCGCUCCGCUCCGCCGUCGCCUCGGCAUCCCGUCCGCUCGCGCCGCGCUUCGUGCGCGCGGCCUCGACCAAGGCCAAGAAGCCCGUCAAGCCCAAGAAGGAGGAGCUCGACCCCAACUGGGUCAUGCCCGAGAUCCACCUCGGCCGCACCCACCCCUCGCGCUACGGCGACCACUACGAGAACGCGCUCGCCUCGGACAUGCUUUACAUGACGUACGACCACCGCUCGUGGGAGUCGGCCGCGAAGGCGGCGUCGGCGGCGCUCGCCAAGGCCGCUGAGCCCCGCGUCGUCACGGGAUACGAGGCGAACCGGCCCGUGCCGCCGCCCAAGGGCAACCGGCCGCCGAAGCCCAUGAACCGCGCGCUCGUGCCCGACGAGGUUGUGCAUCUCGAAGCGAUUACGGUGCACACGAUGGUCAAAGAGGCGAUUGGGGACAAGAACGCGCUCUUGAGCGCUAUCAUGGCGCUGCGCGCCAUCUCGGGCGAGACAGAGCGCGGCGGCGGCCGCACCGGCGCAAGCGGCGUCCAGGUCGUUGCGUCGCGUACAGGUGCUGCGGCGUUCAAGCUGCGCGCCGGCAUGCCCGUCGCGGCAAAGGUCGAGCUCCGCGGAGAGGCCAUGUACGACUUCCUGCAGAGCCUCGUCGACUUUGUGCUCCCCCGCAUCCGCGAGUUCCCCGGCUUCGUCCUCCCCCCUAUGAGCGCGAGCAAGUCGUCCCCGUCCUCCCUUGCCGGUGUCGUCGCCCUCGGUUUGCCUCCCGCUGCCAUGGGCCUCUUCCCCCAGAUUGCGGCCAACAUUGACGCAUACCCCAAACUCCACGGUUUCCACAUGUACUUCAAGACGAAUGCGCGUGGACGUGAUGCGCAGGAGCAUGCGCGCGCGCUGCUCACGGGGUUCAGGAUACCAUUCCACAGGAAGUCGUAGACAUAUGCAUUACUCACGGGUCUGA